AAUAAACAAAAAAACUAAAUAAAUAAAAUAAAAAAGGAGAUAUCAGUAAGAGAGAACACUGUUAAAUGUCAAUGUGUGAUAGGUGAUAAUAAAUUUAUCUUUACAAAUAAUCUCUAUUUGCAAAAGAAUUUAAACAAAAGCUAAAUAUAAAUUUUAAAAUAAACUGUUGGAUCGUCAGUUGACAUAUUUAAAUAUCUCGAGUCCAAUAAAAUGUAAAUCCUACUACUAACCUGCAAGAAAUAAAUUUAACUACCGUAUAAAAAAGUAUUUUUUGUUAUUAUUAAUAAUUUUUAAAUUAAAUUACAAUUAACACAUUUAUGCACUUCAACAAUUCAAAUUUUCUGCCUGUCAAUCAUGAAUGGGCAAGUGAAAUCUCCUCGAGAAAGGUUAACUGGCUUAGGUACCAGUACCAGCAACUGGUUCGCAAGCUUGAUCCCUCCUGAACAAAUAGCCGGCAUGCCAGACAUACUCCACGUUACCGAAGAGACUCAUCAACAUCAGCUCAAUGAAAGUGUUCUGGCGACAGAAGUUGACAGCAAAGUUAAAACAAAACUACUCACCAUGUGGAAUAAUGUUAAAUACGGAUGGGCAUCAAAAAUAAAAACAAAUUUUUCAAAAGAAUCACCAGUGUGGCUUCUGGGUUCCUGCUACUACAAAAAACCAGAGGAAGCUCUGUCACUAGACAAGGCAUCAGAAGCUGGCUUGGAUCCAGACUCAAGUGGUGAUGAAUCUUUAGCAGAAGACGCGACAAUAAUGGACGAAGGAAUGGACGGUUUUAAACGGGACUUUGUGUCACGACUCUGGUUGACGUAUCGCAAAGAAUUUCCUAUUUUAAAUGGAUCCACUUAUACCACUGAUUGUGGGUGGGGGUGUAUGCUCAGAAGUGGACAGAUGAUGCUGGCACAGGCGCUAGUUUGCCAUUUUCUUGGUCGUGAUUGGAGAUGGAGACCCGAUCAAAAAGAUGAAAUUUAUUUACAAGAUGAAGCCAAGCAUCGUAUGAUAAUAAAAUGGUUUGGUGAUCAACCAACAGAACAAACCCCACUGUCUAUUCAUACCCUAGUAAAAUUUGGAGCAUCUGCGGGUAAAAGAGCUGGUGAUUGGUACGGGCCAGCAUCUGUUGCUCAUUUACUUAGUCAGGCUGUAAAAGACGCUGCUCUGCGUCAUGAACAGUUUGAAAAUUUAGCUCUGUAUGUUGCCCAAGACUGCGCAGUUUAUCUGGAGGAUGUAAGAAAAGCCUGCGAGAAAAGUGACGGCAGCUGGAAGUCUCUGAUACUUUUAGUACCUCUGAGACUGGGCGCUGAUAAAUUAAAUCCAAAUUACGCGCCUUGUCUGACUGCGCUCUUGCAGCUGGACGUCUGUAUCGGAGUAAUUGGUGGCCGACCUAGACACUCACUUUACUUCAUCGGCUACCAGGAAGACAAACUCAUUCAUCUAGACCCGCAUUAUUGCCAAGAAGCCGUUGAUGUAUGGAAAGAUAAUUUUCCUCUUGCCAGCUUCCAUUGCUCGUCUCCUAGGAAAAUGUUGCUGUCAAAAAUGGACCCUAGUUGUUGCGUUGGAUUUUAUUUUUGUGAUAAACAGGCUUUUGAUAAGUUUGUUAUGACUAUUGAGAGAUCUCUCGUGCCUUCGAAUCAGAAGGUUGACUACCCGAUGUUUCUAUUUUGCGAGGGCAGUGGAGAUGAAAUAAGACGCGGCUACGAAGUUACUGAAGACAUGAUGGCCACUAGCACUAGUGCUAAUCCUGAACAGUUUGCUGUUGAUGAACUACCGUACGAAUGCGAAGAAUUUGAAGUUCUGUAAUGAUGAUACCGUGUACUCAUCAUUCAUUUAAUUUUGUUAUACGAUUUUAUUUUUCUUAGAUAAUUAUUAAUUAUUAAUUAUUUGAUAUAUUAAUAAUUGAUAGUAACUAAUGUACUUAAAUAUUUAAUACAGAUCGUCCGGAAAUAAUUUAAAUGCUUUCUACGAUCUCUUGAUAAUUAUUUCAGCAUUUGUUUAAAUAUAAAUUUGAAUUAUGACUCUUUUGCCGAGCGACCCAUGAGUUGAUUAAUUGAAGAAGAUUAAUUAAAAAAAAAAAGAAUAUGUGAUUUUUAUAGACUAGAAUUUAAAAGUUUUAAUUAAUGUUUUAACAUUCCGUUGGAAUUUUUAAAAUCAAAAUUGUUUUUCUCAAUUGUGAAAUUAUUUAUUGUAAAUAUUUGAUUAUUUUAUUUUUAAGUUACGAAAUUUAUAUUCUAAGUUUAUUUAUUUUCAUUUUAUUUAUCAUUUUGUUUCGCGUCAUUGAAAU